AUGGAAAUGUCGAAAUGUUUAUGUCUUAUGAUUAUUGCUGUGAUUGUCAUUGCAAGUAAUGCAUCAGUAUUUCGAGAAAGACGCGGUGAUAAUAAAUGGAACGGUAACAAUGGUGAAAAUAGCGGAUCUCCACAAACAUAUAAUGUAUACCCAACAAAUACUUAUACUAAUACUGAAACCAGCAACAGCGACACAUCAAAUAAAUGUCAAAGUGGUCAAAAUAUCUGUUGUAAUAAUCAAGCUGAUUCAAAACAUACAUGUUAUAAUUAUGCAACAAAUGGUACCACUGGUGAUCAAACUACAGGAUGUAGUACAAAUCAAAUUUGUUGUCAAGGAAAUACCAGUGGUGGUAGUGUUGCUAGUAUUUCAUGUUCAUCAGUUUCUCUUCCUAGUAACUAA